AUGUACAGAAGCAGCUACCUGCGUGAAGUUCGCAAGGAGAAAUAUGAGAGGUCGGAUGCUUUCGAAGAGCUGCCCCACUCACCCGAGUUUGGCAGCUUCGCCCAAGCUCAGGGCCUGGAGAAUCUGCAAGAGCUCAACGAGCGCUUUGCCAACUACAUCAACCGGGCCCGGGUCCUCGAGCAGCGCAACGCCAUCUUCCGUAAGCAGCUUGAGACCUUUCAGCGCAUGGAUGAGCUGGCCGGGCUGGAAGAGGCUUUCGCAGCUCAGAUUGACCUGAACCGCCAGCGGGUUCGCGAACUGGCCUCCGACAGAGCUAAGUUGGAGCGGGAGGAGAAAGAUGCUCAGCGUAUGCUGGAUGAGUUCCGUAACAAGUAAGUUGGCUGUGGGUGAGAGGAGAGGGAACACAGUGACGGAAACCAGAGUGCAUGGAAACGGACGCGGGUGGCGCUGUGGUCUAAGCCACUAAGCCUCUUGGGCUUGCCGAUCAGAAGGUUGGCAGUUCGAAUCCCCUUGACAGGGUGAGCUCCCAUUGCUCUGUCCCAGCUUCUGCCAACCUAGCAGUUCAAAAGCACACCAGUGCAAGUAGAUAAAUAGUUACCACUGUGGUGGGAAGGUAAACAGCAUUUCUGUAUGCUCUGGUGUUCCGUUGUGCCAGAAGCGGUUCAGUCAUGCUGGCCACAUGACCUGGAAAUCUGUCUGUGGACAAACGCUGGCUCCCUCAGCCUGAAAGCGAGACAAGCACUGCAACCCCAUAGUCGCCUUUGACUGCACUUAACUGUCCAGGGGUCCUUUACCCUUACCUUUAUAGAAUAAUGUGGUUGGAACCCCCUGCAAUGCAGGCAUCACAGCUAAAGAAUCCCUGACAGAUGGCCAUCCAGCCUCUCCUUUAAAAACUGUAAUGAGGGUUAUUCUUAACGUUUAGUUGGAAUUUCCUUGCUUGCUAUUUGAAUCCAUUGAUUCAAGUGCUACCCUCUGUACUGGAGUCAUAGAUAAGGCUGCCUGUGGUUUUUGAAGAGAAGUGAAAACACACACACACACACACACACACACACACACACGUAAUCACUAGGUGAUGCCUGUGCAUGUAUUCAUUUGGUGCUUGGCUACAUUCUGAACCAAUAGAGCCUCAGUUAGAUGCAUGUGGCUUAGAUUACAAGGAUAGUAGUGGAGAUGAGGUGGACCAUGUUCCCCACCUUGAGCUCCUUGGAGCAAAGGUGGGUUGGAAAUGCAAUGAACAAACAAAUGAAUAAUAAACCCACUACAUGAAUUGUUGGGGACCUGGUUUUGCAGGUUUAGAAGCCCCACUCUGCACUUGACAUUGAUUGGUGGGUAGCAGAACCCCAAGGACUGUCGCAUCGAGAGUGCCUGCCGUACGACAGUGUAUAAUUAUUUUCGAGAAAUAAAUACCUUGCACAACUUAGCGAUCUUUAGGAUGCCUUUAUGGCAGGACUGGCGACACUUUUUCAGCAGUGCAACAGAUGUGCCCCCCCCCAACUGCCCAUGGUGUCACAUUCCAGCCAGGCAAAAGCCAGUGUUUUCUAACCCCCACCCCCAUUUCUCUAUCCUCGGUAAGGGAGAGACCUUAUAACAGUUCAGAGGGCCAGAUUGAGAAGUCGGAGGGCCACAUUAGUCCUUGAUCCUGAUCCCUAUUUUAUGAAGUAUUUUGUUUACAGCCAUGGUUCCCAACAUGGGGGCGGGCGGCAAUUUGAGAAUGAGUUAUUGACAGUUAAUGGCCUUUUAGGCUUCCCCCACGUGAAUAGGAGUUCAUUUUUUGAAUAAUAAGAAUUAUAUGUCACCGGGGGAGAGGGGGAACAGGAUUUUAGAGAUGCUUAGGUGGGGCAUGGCCAAAAGCAGCUUGGGAACCACUGGUCUACAGCAACAGUUGCCAGUUGAUAAUCUCAAUCUUGCCUCCUGACACACAUAAAAUUGCCCUUCUUUCUUUUAUGUUCUUUCAUCAUGUUCUCCCCCCCCCCCCCCUUAUGUACCUCACUGAAAACAAAGACUGGAUUUUCAAUUGAUCCACAGAAGUCCAUGACAACUGACUAAAUAACUAACUAACUGAUAAAAAUAUAACAAACUAAUAGCAGGGGUAUAACAAUUAUUAGAAACACUGCCCCCCACGACGAUAUUAUACCUGGUUUUAAAAACGUUUUUGUUCUAUCUUGUAAUUUCUGUUAUAAUAUUAUCAAUUUUUUUCAUCGUUAUAAAUGACGAAUUAUGACAAAUUGUUUGUUUCUGCCAUUAUUCACUUUUACCUGGAAACAAAAAACAGCACAUUGAGCCACUUACCCAUUUCUUUUAUCAUCUUUAUUAUUUACAUUUUCCUUUUUGCUUCUCUUUUUCCGUAGAUAUAAAAAUGAAUGUGAGUAUCAGCAGAUGUUGAAAACUACUCUUGAACGACUUAAUAAGGUAAGUUCACAAUAUCAAAGGCUAUCUGCUUCCCCUCAGCCAAUGUUUCUUUCAUGUGGUGUUCCUUGUUAGCAACCAUGUCAUGGGCACUGUUCAAUAGCUGCCAGCAAAAACCAGGCAGUCACAUGGCACAGGUAUCACCAUUCUGAAGUUGACAUGCUUACUUGAGGUGUAACAAACUGCAUUUUUCUAACAAUACAGUGGUACCUCGGGUUGCAUACGCUUCCGGUUACAUACGCUGCAUGUUACAGACUCCGCUAACCCAGAAAUAUUACCUCAGGUUAAGAACUUUGCUUCAGGAUGAGAACAGAAAUCGUGCAGUGGCGGCGCAGUGGCACCAGGAGGCCCCAUUAGCUAAAGUGGUGCUUCAGGUUAAGAACAGUUUCAGGUUAAGACCUCCAGAAUGAAAUAAGUUCUUAACCCGAGGUACCGCUGUAUUUAGUUUAUUUAUUUGAAAAAUGCAUAAACUGUCUUUUUUCCAAAAAAGGAUUCUAGGGCAAUAUGCAUAAUAAUAAUAAUAAUAAUACAGAAACAAACUACAAACCAACAAUACAGUACAACAAAAAUAACAGGAAUAAACUCAUUCAGUAACGUAAUCUGAAAAUAUCAUCCUUUAAAAUGCUUCAUCAAAUCAAAAACUUCUAACCUGGUGCUGAAAAGAAUACAAAUCUGACCCUAGGUGCACCUCUCUCAAGAGGCUAUUCCAUAUUUGGAGCCACCACAAAGACCCACCUAACUUUUGUACAUACAUUAUGUACUUCUGUUCUGAAUAUGAAGCAGAAUGACCUUAUGGUCAUAGUGCACCAUACGCUUGUUCAGAAGGAGGCGUUCCUUCAGUUAUUGGGGCCUCAAGCCAUUUUAAGCUUUAAAGGUAAGCACCACACCUUGAAUUGGGCUGGGUCAUGAACAGAAAGCUAAUGUAGUUCAUCUGGAACUCAUGUUUCAUCUCAUUGUUCAGCCCAGACACUGAGGUCCAGCUUCAAGGGCCUUCUGGCAGUUCCCUCACUGCGAGAAGGGAGGUUACAGGGAACCAGGCAGAGGGCCUUCUCGGUAGUGGCGCCCGCCGUGUGGAAUGCCCUCCCAUCAGAUGUCAAGGAAAUAAACAACAACAUGACUCUUAGAAAACAUCUGAAGGCCACCCUGUAUUGGGAAGCUUUUUAAUGUUUAAUGUUUUAUCGUGUAUUUAAUAUUCUGUUGGGAGCCGUCCUGAGUGCCUGGGGAAACCCAGCCAGAUGGACGGGGUAUAAAUAAGUUGUUGUUGUUGUUGUUGUUUGACAUGGCUCCAUCUAGCUAAAGAAGCCAGAACAUUGGCAGCCAAAUUCUGCACUAGUUGGAGUUUCCAGAUGCUUUUUGGCCCCACAUACAACACAAUAUAGGAAUCCAACCUGGAUUACUGUAGCAAGGUGGGCUAUUUCUACGCAGGAAAGGAUGCAGCUGAUAAACCAAGUAAAGCUGGCAGAAGAUGCUCCAAGCCACUGAUGCAUCUUGGGUCUCUAGUGAUAAUGUCGAGUCUUAAAAGCAUUACCCACAAGCUGGGCACCUCUUCCUUCAGAGGGAACAUCGGAAACCACAAGCUCACAUCUUGUCGGGACAGUUUAUGAGUCUUCGUCUAUCCCAUUGCCCAGAUACUAAACUAAGGCCAAUCGAAGAAGGACUUGUGGAUCCCUCAAAAACAACCAUGUAAGAACUGUGCAGGUAUUAUGAGGGCAUGUUCAUGCUUUGGAAAAGCAGCUAUUUUAAUAUUAGAAUUUAUUCUCAAAGGAGAACAAUGUUUUACAGCUAUGUCCAUUGCUCUAUCAAGUUCUGUAGCACAAAGACCUUAUCCCCCCCCCCGUCCAAAAAAGCAUAUUUCAGAUUUCAUUUGAAAAGAAUUUGUUCUCAGGAGGUUUUAUGUGUUUGCCAUGGAAACAAGGUUUGUGCAAGAGCCUUGUUAAGUUGUGGGUGAACAUAUCAGACGACACAGUGAUUCUUCAAACAGCUCUUGUUUAUUCACAGGCCAGAACAGAACUGAACUGAAGAGUUCAGCCAGCCUGCUUAUAUAGAGCUCCACUAGAACGCAACAGUAACCAUUUUCUGUAACUAUCCAAUCACUGAACGUCACUUUCGAUCCCUUAUUUGCAUAUGUGGACCUGAACUAUCUACAGUAUCCCCUUGCUGGCCCAGGGUGAGAACUUCAGUACAUAACAAGCCUAGUGUUAUACAGAUAUUGAGUGGGUCCUUUCCUUAAACAGACAAUCCUGAUAAAGUAUUUUACAGGCCCUGGCUGAUGUACAGACUUGCCUGUGAUGUAAUCUGCUACAGAGUUUUCCCUUUAUUCUGAACCUUUAGAUACCCAGAUACCCAGAACUUGCUCAUUCAAUGCUUUAUCCUACUGGGCUAUUUUCUUACUUAUGGGCUGAAAAAAUGGACCCUAUUUCCUAUUUUGGAUGGCUAAUUUUUUGCUUUUCAUGUUUAUCUUCCUGUUGAAGCUUUAGAGUGCCUUUUCUAUCUCUUUGGCAGAUAGAUUCUUUUUCAGUUCAAUUGAAAUAAUUACCAGCAUUCUGUCAAUUAUAUUCUGAUGUGUCGCUCCCCUGAUGUGUUGCCGCUAUCGUAACCGGAAAGUUACGUUUCCAGAGCGGUACGUAACUAGAGGGUCCACUGUAUAUAUUAUUAUAUUUUUAGCUUUUAUGAUACAAGUGCCUCUUUAAAAGAGGUGACCCACAGCAUGAUUGCCAACCACCUUCCUCUCUUGAUAAUAAUAAUAAUAAUAAUAAUAAUAAUAAUAAUAAUUUAUUUAUUUAUACCCCGCCCAUCUGGCUGAGUUUCCCAGCCACUCUGGGCGGCUCCCAAUCAAGUGUUAAAAACAGUACAGCGUUAAAUAUUAAAAACUUCCCUGAACAGGGCUGCCUUCAGAUGUCUUUUAAAGAUAGGAUAGCUGCUUAUUUCCUUCACAUCUGAAGGGAGGGUGUUCCACAGGGUGGGCGCCACUACCGAGAAGGCCCUCUGUCUGGUUCCCUGUAACCUCACUUCUCGCAAUGAGGGAACUGCCAGAAGGCCCUUGGUGCUGGAUCUCAGCGUCCGGGCUGAACGAUGGGGGUGGAGACGCUCCUUCAGGUAUACAAGACCGAGGCCGUUUAGGGCUUUAAAGGUCAGCACCAACACUUUGAAUUGUGCUCAGAAACGUACUGGGAGCCAAUGCAGAUCUCUCAGAACCGGUGUUAUACUGAUGAACACCCAGCCCAAACCCCCUGAUGAUCUCUCCCAGUGGCUUCAUAUAAUAUUAAAAAGCAUGGGGGAGAGGACGGAACCCUGAGGCACCCCACAAGUGAGAGCCCAGGGGUCUGAACACUCAUCCCCCACCACCACUUUCUGAACACGGCCCAGGAGAAAGGAGUGGAACCACCGUAUAACAGUGCCCCCAGCUCCCAGCCCCUCUAGAUGGUCCAGAAGGAUGUUAUGGUUGAUGGUGUCAAAGGCCGCUGAGAGAUCCAGCAGAACUAGGAAACAGCUCUCACCAUCUUAAAGAAAGUUUUCCACAGUCUAAUCCCUCCUCCCCUUUGGCAUUUAUGUGCACAUAAAACUCUCUUGACUCAUCAGCUCUCCUCUGAACCCCGUCACCCAAAUAGCUGCUAUGAGCAGUGCUGGUGUCAGACGUAGAGGUGUGAUGGGGUUGUUGCACUGCGCAGGUGCCAACAGAGGGUAAAAGGAACAUAACAAUUAAAUUGUGUAUUGGACAUGUGGCUGUGGCUACCAAGGGCUCAUUUGCUUGCAGAUGUAAUUCAAUCGAGGAAGUAAACACUUUCCUCUGACAUAGGCUGACCUGUCACAAAUUGUAAAUAUCAAAUGGUUAAUGCAAUUCCCAUGAUGGCAGCUCGCAAGCAAGCCAUUAGAUGAAAUUUGCUGCUAGAGAACAUUUGUAGAUCAGCCUGAAUAAAUAUCAAAAUUGCCCAAAUGCAUUUGUUCCCGGUGCAUCUGCAAACACAAAAAGGAGUUGCACGGUUCAAAUUAAAAAUCAGUGGUACCAGCUCUUAGAAAGGGCAAAGCAAUGAGCAUAUACUGUCACCUUUUUGAGAGGAAGAUCACAAACACCUGGCUUCAUUCGUGCACACAAAUAGGAUAGAAGCAAGCCUUCCAGGUUUUUUUCCCCUACCUGCACAUCAUACGAAACAGGUGCAGAAUAGGCACUAGAAGGACAGGAUAUAAAUCUCUCUCUGACUGAAAUAAGCUGUUUAUGUUUUUGCUUGCAAAUGUUCAGCUCUUCUUAAGCUGUUUUUUUUCUUUUGAGAGGGGGUGAAUGCUGCCUAAUAUAUACAUUUUUUACAAAGCAAUUUGCCCUAAAGCAACACAGUUUCCCCUAAAACAGUAUGUUAUUUUCACUAAUAUGUAGAUUCCUCAAUAUGUGUGCAUUUUUCCACUUCGCUGGAUAACUGCAUUGCAAAAUAAUUGUAAAGGCUAGCUGACUGGAUGUGUGAGUUUUGUUUGGUUUUGUUGUGCAAUUUAUCCUUUUGCUGUAUUUGAAGUAGUCUGAAGUACAACAUCAAAUUAAUGGCCUUCUGAUAGCCAAUAUACUAUUGAAAUAUUAUUGAUUGAUUGAUUGAUUGAUUGAUUGAUUGAAUUAAUAUACCGCCCUCUACCCGGAGGUCUCAGUAUCUGGGCAAUGGGAUGGACGAAGACUCAAACUGUCCUGACAAGGUGGAAGCACUGUGAGUUUGUGGUUUCCGAUGCUCCCUCUGAAGGAGGAGGUGCCCAGCUUGGGAAUGCUUUAAGACUUGGCGUUAUCACUAGAGACCCAAGAGGCUUCAGUGGCUUGGAGCAUCUUCUACCAGCUUCACUUGGUGUUUUGUACUCAACGGUUUUUAAAUACAUUGAACUUAAUUUUGCUGAAGGUCGAAAUUCAGACAUUUGUUGCAUUUUAAUUGGCUAUACCUUAUGCAAUGAGACACCAUUUAAUCACAUCCAUCACCUUUAGACUGGUGUAUUAAGACUUUGAAGACCAAAGGUUGCAGCAGAAUGUCCACAGAAGAGCUGGAAGUGUUUUGCUUGAUUAGUUUUUUUCUGAGAAUGUGGACCGGAAACAGUAUCCCGAGGGAUGUACCUGAGUAGAUUCAGAAAUCAGGACUUGCCAAUGAAAGGAAGCAUUAAUCAACAGCUCUGCAAACCUGUCAGGUUCCUAUCUUGUAUCUAACGCUUGUGGGAAAGAAUGUUGAUUAAUCACUUGCUGAAAUCACCUUUUAGGAGUAGGAGUCUGGGGAAAGUAUUGCACAGAAACAAUAAUGCAAAGGGUCGGGGGAGGGGGAGAGACUCAUGGGCCAAUCUACUCUAGUCAUGCUCAACUUCUCACAGGUCUGUGCGCUCCUGCACACCAAGGAUCAAUGUAUGGGGUGGCAUGGCUGGCUCCAGUGACAAGGGAGACCCAGACUCCCCCUGAAUCUUGCAAGACCUUACCUGCUUUUGUUUCGCCUUGUAGGAUCUUGGGGAGAAGAUGGAGCAUCAGCCUUAAAAGGGUCUUGGUGUUCACCAAACUGGGCCUUUGUUUCCCUCAAUGAGCUUGCAGGACCAGGCGUUGGGCUCCCCAUAUCUCAACUCAUGCAAAUAAGAGACCAAUAAGACUGGUUUGGGGAUCAAAACAGGCCACAGCUUUAUUGAAUACAGAUGAAAGAGGUUUGGCUUGGGCAUGGGGCAAUCUAAAUACUUCUGGCCUGCCAGCCAGAAGUGACGCGUGGCCAAUCCAGUUCUGAAGACUUACAUCAAAUAGGGUGACCUUUGGCCCUGGCCCUACCAGCGCAUGCAGACAUGGCCACUCCCCCUGAAUCCCUGUAAGGGGAUACUUCAGCGUUAGGAGGGGCAGGCAGAGACUACCACCUCCUCUCCAUCCAAAACAAAGGAUUGGCCCAAUGCCCAGCCAGUUGUGACGAUUGCUAUGAGGUAGGCAAAACCACUGGGUUUGGUGCCAGUUAGCCCGGUGGGCAAAUUCUUAUCCGGCCCCAUAGAGAGUGGUGACCGCCGUAGCCACAGCAAAGUCGUUGACUAUCAGCUUAAACCGAAGGUGGGCGGGCGGGGAAACCCGGCGAAGGAACGAACAGGUAGUUCCCCAGGUGUGGGCAGCUUAAAUGGGGCAAGAGGCGGAUCUGAGGGAAGCCCCCUGGGCACAGCCCGCAUCCCCAGACUGCAUCCCCAUUCGCCAAAGCAGGGUGCAGGCUUUGAUAGGUGGAGGGGGCUUAAGCCCUCGCUGCCUAUCAGGGAGGGCACUGCUGUUCCAGUUCUCUCGUCGGGGCCCCAGUGAAGCCUCUGAUGCCCUGCAAUGCCGCCGCACCAAGAGGGGUGAGCAGACUUCCCCAGCAACCCUCACUUGGUCUAAAGUCUUUCCCUGAAGCUUUACGUGGUCUCUGGUUUCUCAUGGCUGGAGUACAAUUUGACUCUUCUUGAUUGGCUCUUGGUUGUGAGGUGAGGUUGAGUAGUGUGAGAUUCAAACAUCCAGCACACUUCCCUGUGCCUCUGGACUUUUCCCAGCUUCGAGCAGAGUAUCGCAAACAGCAGUGUGUGUCUUGUGUGGGUGUAGAAAUAACAGUCCAUACACAGCUUCUUUCUAAUCUGAGAAGCGGUUUAUUUCCAGCAGAGAAAUAAAUCAUCCAGGAGAACAAGCCGGCAUGAUUGACUCCCUCAGAGCACAAAACAAAAAGUGUUCUGUCUCACAUAACAAAGAACAAUCCUGAACACUCUGAGCUAUUAACCCUGUAAGCUCUGGUUCUCCUCACAAGUAGGAUACCCUUAUGGGGUUCUAAGCUAAUGCACCAGCACUUGGCCACAGCUUGGGCAGGUGGGGCCGAGCCUGCUGUCGUACAUGUCAGGUUGCUAGCGCCUGGCCCUCACCACACUGGGUCCUCUCUGCUGGUCAACUCUCAAAGUCAUUCCUCUGUGGGUGUGCUGGGAUGGGUCCCCCCCCCCCAAACAGAACACCUAGGCUUGAAACAGAAAACAGACCUGUGCUACAAUGCAAUGCCAAGCCUACUUACCUUGCUGCAACCAAUGAAAUUAUGGCCUCUUUUAACUCAAGUAUCUGUUUUGGUCUGAUGGUUACCCAGCCUUUUGUUUUGGGAUCACCUUGAUGCGCCUGCACCACAAAGCACAAGUACUGAAUCCAGAUAUAUGUGAGUGCUCGCAUUCUGAUCCACAUCACAAGAUGCAUGCGGCUAGAUUGGUGGGUCUAGAAUGAGUUUCACUAUGUGACUGCAUCUGAAGCUACUGUCAGAGAUGCCGUUGCUCUGUAUGUGGCUUUCUUUUGCUGGAAGGGGUGUUGGUUCAUGAGAAGAAACAGGGAGGGAAUCGCCAAAAGGCCCUCAAAGCUUGACCUCAAAGCUGAAUGAUGGGGGUUGAGACUCUCCUUCAGGUAUACUGGGCCGAGGCCAUUUAGGGCUUUAAACGUCAGCACCAACACUUUGAAUUGUGCUUGGAAACAUACUGGGAACCAAUGUAUUUCUUUCAGGACCAGUGUUAUAUGGUCUCGGCUGCCACUCCCAGUCACCAGUCUAGCUGCCGCAUUCUGGAUUAAUUGUAGUUUCCAGGUCACCUUCAAAGGUAGCCCCACAUAGAGCACAUUGCAGUAGUCCAAGAGGGAGAUAAGCAGAGCAUGCACCACUCUGGCGAGAAAGUCUGCGGGCAGGUAGGGUCUCAGGCUGUGUACCAGAUGGAGCUGGUAAACAGCUGCCCUGGACACAGAAUUGACCUGCACCUCCACGGACAGCUGUGAUUCCAAAAUGACUCCUAGGUUGCGCACCUGGUCCUUCAUGGGCACAGUUACCCCAUUCAGGACAAGGGAGUCCUCUACACCCGCCUGCUCCCUGUCUCCAAAAACAGUACUUCUGUCUUGUCAGGAUUCAACCUUAAUGUGUUAGCCGCCAUCCAUCCUCCAACCACCUCCAGACAGGACUUUCACCACCUUCACUGGUUUUGAUUUAAAAGAAAGGUAGAGCUGGGUAUCAUCCUCAUACUGAUGAACACCCAGCCCAACUCCCCUGAUGAUCUCUCCCAGCGGCUUCAUAUAGAUGUUCAUAUAGUGCCAGUGGGCUAAUGAGUUCACUGUUUUGCUGCUGAUUCAUCUCUCAAAAAGUGAUAGAAAAGAAUGCAGAAAUGUUGAGCAAAUGGCUGGUCGCUGGCUUAGAAUGUUCUGGUCGUGGUCUGUAUUAAUCUCAUUUGCUCACAGUGCAGAUAACAAGGCCCAGAGCAAAAGCCCAUGCUAAGUUUUUAUCUUUAUCAUUCCUGGCACAUCAGCAGACCUGGCCAGUUCUGCAUUCCAUGAUAUAAUGGAAAGAGCAAGCAUCUACACAUUUUUGAACAGCACAGCAGACGCUUUGGAUUAGCUUGUUGGGCCAUGUCACAAAAGCUGUUCUCUUUGAAUGGCUCCCCAUCACAUGUCCUUGCCAGGAAUGUCACUGUUUUGCAACCCCUAAAUAUGGUGGUUCUGUCUGAGCACUGGCAGCUGAACGUUUGAGGCAGAUAGCACAUCUUGGGCUGCAUGUGAUUGGCUGUGCAUGUGUAAAACUGGAACACUCAUUGAUGGGUUGGUUUUACUUACACGCAACUGUGCCCAAAGCGGUUCACAGCAAACAUUCAAAACAUUAAAACAGGGAACACUGGAAAUAUAAAUAUACAAAAUACAGAACGUGUCGGUAAAGUCAAAAUAACAAAAAGAAAUGCUUUUAUUACAGGAAGCUGAUGAAGCUUUGCUGUGUAAUCUGGAACUACAGAUUGAAACACAGUUCUUGCAGGAUGAUGUUAAUGCUGCAAAGGACAGAUACAAAAAGGUAAUUACUGUGAACUAACAGAGGAGCUUUGAUUUCUUCUUAGUUUUCUUUGCUUGCCAAGAAGUGCAGACAACAGAGAGUAGGCCCUUGACCUCUGGCUGACAAGGGACCUUCAGCCAAUGAACAAAGUUCUAUCUCCCAUUUUCUUCCCCCUCUAUUUAUGGCACCUUCAUAGCAGAUUAAAAGCCAUAGUGGGAUGAUAUAGUGGAAGUUGAUCUACCUUCUGGUGCUACAGAGCUGUGGCUAUGAACAGAAAACCUUGGGGGAGAAACCCUAGUGGGGGGACCCCAAAACAAGCCAGUGGGGACUAUGAAUGGUCAGUGGCCAAAGAAUGCAAGAUGACUUGUUGAAGGAGGGGAGUAGAAAACCAGAAGGAUGGAUCUCUGAACAGGAGGUAUUCCACAGUGCAAUGUUUUGUUGCAGGUCUCACUUGUCUAGAACAAUUCCUUAUUGACCUAGGAUGGAUCUACACACGGGGGGGGGGGGAGGAUUGAGUUGAGAGGGGAGUCCCUCGAACGGAGAUCCUGCUUUUGAUUCUUUCAAAUGUAAAUCAUUUUGCUCUGCCACAGAACCUCAUGGAAAUACAGACCUACGUCAGUAUUUUACAGCAAAUAAUGCAAACGACUCCUCGCGUAUCCACCAUCGCAGCUGGAGCUAGCGAGGUAAGUGUUUUAUUUCACCGACAAUGUUUGUGGCACGUUAAAAGAAAUGAUCCGAAGGAUCCGAUUUUCAAAUAGUAGUAAAAGGGUAAAAGAAAAAUGGAGUGAUUGAGGAUUGGUGAAGCAACGUUUGGAGGAUUACAUGGUUAUUCUUGGCGGACAACCAUUGCACAGCAGUAUAUUGCUGUUCUUUUUAACAUAAAUGUUAUUUUUUCAUUUUCUGUUUUACAUAAAAUAAUGAAUUAAAUACAUCAACAUAUAAUCCCUUUUGACUCCCCCACCCCCAAUUGUGGAUCUUAAUGUAAUGAUUUUCCCUUCUGCAUCUCUUUCAUAACUGUUUUUAUAAAUCCCUUGUCAAUCCAGAGCUCAAAUUUUCACUACAAGUUUUCCGUCAACUCUAUCAAUGUACGAAAUAGUUUACAAUAGCUUUUUUCAAACAAAUUAUAGACUUUCCCCAUUCUUUAUUAACGACCUCCUCUUCCUAGUUUCUCAUCCUGUACGUUUUGCCAUCUCGGAAUAAUUCAUCAAUUCAGUCUGCCACUCUUCUUUAGUCGGAGUUGUACCAUCUUUCCAUUUCUGGGCUAAGAGAGUCCAUGUAGCCGUGGUCGCGUACAUAAAUAGUUUCCUUUGGUCCUUCAGGAUCUCUGGUCCUACAAUACCUAAAAGAAAAGCUUCUGGCUUGUUAGAACAUUGUAUAUGUAUAUUGCUGUGCUUUGAUCUCAGCGUUAUCGUCUCUCCCUGCCCUCAUCUCCCCUCUGAGUUGAGCUUGCAAAUGGACAGCUUCCACCCAGUGGCGGAGGAAGGGUGUGUGGUGGGGGCGGUCCACCCCAGAUGUCAUCCCUGGGGGGGUGACAUUGCUGCCCCACCCCCUGGGACACUCGUCAUGGGUGGCGCCCCCUGGGACACUAGCCCCACCCCACAGGGUGGCUAGCCACGCCCCCGGGUGCCGGAGCAGCUAGCUCCGCCUCUGCUUCCACCAUUUUGAGGAAAGUGACACACAACCAAUGUCUCCCAAACCACACCCACCAGCCCCCACCUUCUCCAUACAAAAAUCAGGUUGAUGCAAUCCACACGCCACACCACUGAUCAUAUUGGGGAUCCAUCUGGAUCUUUCACAAAAGUCAGAUUUUUCUGUGGUAGAAGAAAAAGUGGUGCGCGUGUACACUAUUCUGAAACACGAGCGGCAUAAUGGCAACGUUGUGUGGCGGCAUGCAAAAAAAUCAAAUUCAAAAGAACGACAAGAUGGAAAUGGUAAAUGGCAAGCUUCGAAAGGCUCAAAGCUUGCAUUACUUGGCUUUUUCUCUGGCUUCACUACUGUUGGCCUCUCUGCCUUCCACCUUACGAGUCUGAAGGGACGUUCGCCACCCCUGUUCAUGACAGAAUGAUGGAGAUCAUAGUCAAACAACUGCUUGUAGGGAUGGAUCAAUUAUCUGAAGCAAAGGUGCUCAGAUAUGUGAACGCCCUUGCUCAAAUUAGGGGGCCUCUCUUAUGCUGAGUGACCCAUCCGCCACAGUGUCAUCCUUCCCCAGGGAAGAAAUUUUUGGCUUAUUUAUUUGUAUCCCCCCUUUUCUCCAAUGAGUUCAAGGUGGUGCAUGUGGUUCUCCCUCUUUCUGCCUCAUCCUCACAGCAACCUUGUGAGGUAGGUCAGGCUGAGAGACAGUGACUGGUCAAGGCCACCCUGUGAGUUUCAUGGCUGUGUGGGGACCAGAACCCCUGUCUCCCAGGUCACUCAAAUCACUGCACCAUACACAGGAAGUGAGUAGCAGCGAAGGAGGAGUUGUGACAUUUUCUUUUUUCCCCAAGACAUAUUGUCAAUCGGUCAAAUAUCCCUCCUAGGUUUCCCAAGGGAUUGAUACAAAUGCAGUUCCGUGCAUCUAAAUAUAUCCUCCCAUGAAAUCAACCUAGUUCUGUAUCACUUUCCAAGAGCUGCCCUUUGAAAUCCUGUCAAUAUUUCUUGCUUGUACAUUAAUGGUCUUUUGCUAUUCAUCAUUUCACCACAAUGUGUAUCCCUUCAAAUCAAGUACAAUUUCUGAAAACCGCAUGACUUUGAUAGAAUUCCUGCUGGAAGCACUUGGCCUAGUCGUGCUUUUUUCAUGUCCUUUUCCAUGCAUAAUCAGAUUUUCGGUGGUACUUGCACACAAUCCGAUUCCCCCAGCGCAACCCUCUCUCUUUCUGCUUUCAUCUUAGGAGAAGCUGAUAACUGAGAGGAGGAUACCGAUUCUUCAAAGCCAGUUAGAAGAAUACAAGAGCAUCCUAUGUCAGCUCCAGGCUCAGAAAACUAAACUGCAGACUGAGGUACUUCCCCCAGAAAUAUAGUUGUGUUAGGCCUGUGUACACACUCCUGCUUAAACCACUGAGCCUCUUGGGCUUACAGAUCAGAAGGUCGGCAGUUCAAAUCCCUGCGAUGGGGUGAGCUCCCUUUGCUCUGUCCCAGCUUCUGCCAACCUAGUAGAUAAAUAGGUACCACUGCAGCAGGAAGGUAAACAACGUUUCUCUGUGCUCUGGCUUCCAUCACGGUGCUCUGCUGUGCUAGAAGUGGUUUAGUCAUGCUGGCCACAUGACCCGGAAAGCUGUCUGUGGACAAACGCCGAAUCCCUUGGCCUGAAAGCAAAAUGAGCACUGCACCCCAUUGUCACUUUCUACUGGACUUAACUGUCCAGGGGUCCUUUACCUUUUUACCUACACACUCCUGUUUACUCUGCAUCCAGUAUGCCCCAAAACUGUUUUGGGAACCUGUGUACACACGCUGUUAGCCACAACAAACCGUGUCUAUCCUGUGGUUUCUUUUGAAAUACUGUGUUUUCAUGCAUUUCCACACCUCCAAGCUAGCUUUGAUUCAAGCCAAUAAUUUGCACACCAUCUAGGAUAAUUCUGCAUCAGUUUGCAAGAUGACUGCUUGGGUGUGUUUGACAUUUUAACACAGCUGCCUUCACAGGCAAGAGUUAAAGAGCUAAAUUCAUGGGAUUUCUCCCGUUAGAUUUUUUUGAUCCAAAGCCAGUUGACAUUCUCAUCCAAGAGAGAUGGGAGGUAUAAUAAAAUUUUAACUUCUCCAGCCUCUGUCAGGAGUGCUCUUGUUCAGGACUGUACUUGGUUCGCAGUGUGGAUGAAUGAGUUCAGUAUCUUUAGUCAAGGCCCCAGUGGAACAAUAUACCAAAGUCAAUAGCUAAUAUGGGGUCAGGGGGAAAUUAUCAUGUCAAGUGAUACAUUAUUCCUUUCAUCCUCCUCCCCACUUUCUCAGCAGAUAAAUGAUCCUGCAAAACGGGAGGGGGGGCGUAUUCAGCCCAGCUUUAAUCUGAAAUGCUUUCAACACUUUGAAGCACUAGACUAGUGGCCAAAAUUGUGGGAACCUUUUGGGGAAAGUGUACUUCUGAGGUUUGAUGGCUCACAACACCACUUCUUUUUGGAUUAAUACCAUAAAAUUAUAUAUCAAUGGAAAGAUAAUUUAAUGAAGAAUGUAAUGCGACUAAGUUUGUUCAAUUAUCUGUAUUCUAUAAAAAGGAAACACAACUUGCUUAGGUUGAUAUGCAGUAGCUUUUCUUCAUUCGAAUGUAGCCAGUGAGUGUGAGUGUUUAGAGAGUACAGUGGUACCUCGGGUUACAGACGCUUCAGGUUAUAGACGCUUCAGGUUACAGACUCUGUUAACCCAGAAAUAUUGCUUCAGGUUAUGAACUUUGCUUCAGGAUGAGAACAGAAAUUGUGCUCCGGCAGCGUGGCGGCAGCAGGAGGCCCCAUUAGCUAAAGUGGUGCUUCAGGUUAAGAACAGUUUCAGGUUAAGUACGGACCUCUGGAACGAAUUAAGUACUUAACCCGAGGUACCACUGUAUAUUAAAAAGUUAACUCAUUUAGUUAGCUCAUGCAUUCAUGCCCAGUCAAACAUAUGCAUUUGUUGCCAUACAUACAUAUAUGUGCAAGGAAGGAAAACCUACAAGUGGUUCAUUAUCAGGGCAACUGGAUUUAACCCAGUUCUCCCAAUGGAGGGAUGUAAAAACUGGAGUCCCCCAAGCAUCAGUCCUGGGACCCAUGCUUCUUAAUUUGCUCAUAAAUCUAGGGAUCUAGGCUUAGCAAUGAGCAGUGAGGCAGCCAGGUUUGCUGAUGAUACCAAAUCGUUCAUGACGUUCAAAACAAAGAGGCAUUGCGAGGAGCUCCAAAUUGUUCUCUCCAAACUUGGUGAGCAGGUAAUAAAAUGCAAAAGACAAUUAAAUGUAAGCAAGUGUAAAGUGAUGCAAAAACCCACACACCCUCAUUUCACACAGACAUACAGUCACAGGUCUGAAUUGGUGGUGACUGACCAGCAUAGCUGUCAACAUUUCCCAUUUUAAAGGGAAAUUCCCUUAUUCCAAAUAGGAUUCCUCGCAAGAAAAGGGAAAAGUUGACAGCUAUGCUGACCAGCAGUGAGACUCGAGGGUCAUAUUGCAUAGUCCAAUGAAUAUACUUACUCAGGGUGCAGCAGCUGUGAAAAAGGCAAAUGCCAUGGUAGAGAUUGUUGGGAAAUAGAUUGAAAAUAAAAAUAAUGUCUAUCAUGUGGCCACACUUUGGAUAGUGUGUACAUUUCUGGUUGCCUCACCUGAAAAUGAUAUUAUAGAGCUGGGGGGGGGGGCGGAGUUCAGAAAAGGGCUGCCAAAAAGAUCAAAAAGAUCCCCUACGAGGAAAGUUUACAGGCAUUUGGGGCUUUUUAAUUUAGAGAAAUGAGGGACGCGGGUGGUGCUGUGGGUUAAACCACAGAGCCUAGGACUUGCUGAUCUGAAGGUCGGCGGUUCGAAUCCCCGCCACGGGGUGAGCUCCCAUUGCUCGGUCCCAGCUCCUGCCAACCUAGCAGUUCGAAAGCACAUCAAAGUGCAAGUAGAUAAAUAGGUACCACUCCAGCGGGAAGGUAAACGGCAUUUCCGUGCGCUGCUCUGGUUCGCCAGAAGUGGCUUAGUCAUGCUGGCCACAUGACCCGGAAGCUGUACGCCGGCUCCCUCGGCCAAUAAAGCGAGAUGAGCGCCACAGCCCCAGAGUCGGCCACGACUGGACCUAAUGGUCAGUGGUCCCUUUACCUUUACCUUUAUUUAGAGAAAAUGCGAGUAAGAGGAAACAUUAUAAAAGUGUAGAAAAUUAUUUUUGGUGUAGAAAAAGGGGAUGGAGAAAAGUUUUCCCCCUCUCUCAUCAUACAAGAACUCGGGGACAUCCAAUUGUGCUGAAUGCUCAAGACAGACAAAAUAAAGUACUUAUUCAUCCAGUGCACGAUUAAACUACGGAGUUUGCUCUGACCAGAGGGAAUGAUGGCCACCAACUUGAAUGGCUUGAAAAGAGGUUAAACAAAUUGACAGGGCUAUCAGUGGCUUUUUGCUAUGAUGGCUGUGCUCUGCCUCUGCCAUGCUUUUCGUACACCAGUUUUGGGGGAAUCACAAGUGAUUGUGCUCCCACUUGUGGUCUCCUCGUUGGCAUCCGGCUGACCACUAUGAAAACCAAAUGUCAGGCUAGAUAGGCUACUGGCCUGAUUUGGCAGGACUAUUCUUAUGUUGUUAUGAGCUAUGAGGGUCCUUUGCUUUGCUUUUCGUUUGUGUUUUUUUUUGGGGGGGGGCGGUACCAGCCUGAUCCAACUCUCCAAGUCUGGUGAUUGAAAACAUAGUAAAGGUAAAUGGACCCCUAACCAUUAGGUCAAGUCACGACCGACUCUGGGGUUGCGCGCUCAUCUCGCUCUAUAGGCCGAGGGAGCCGACAUUUGUCCACAGACAGCUUCCCGGUCAUGUGGCCAGCAUGACUAAGCCGCUUCUGGCGAACCAGAGCAGCACACGGAAACGCCGUUUACCUUCCCACCGGAGCGGUACCUAUUUAUCUACUUGCACUUUGAUGUGCUUUCGAACUGCUAGGUUGGCAGGAGCAGGGACUGAGCAACAGGAGCUCACCCCGUCACGGGGAUUCGAAUCGCCAACCUUCUGAUCGGCAAGUCCUAGGCUCUGUGGUUUAACCCACAGCGCCACUCACGUCCCUAAUUGAAAACAUAUUCCAAGGUUUUAUGGAGGUACACGUUAAAAUAAAAUUAAAGGUGAUUUCAUCUAUAAUGUACUCUUCAAGGCUACCUGAGUGGUGCCCAUAGAACCUUUUUUUAAAAAAAAAAAAUAAUGUGUUCUUGGAGCAGCAAGAAAGGAAUAAAAUGUGUCCACAGCAGGCAAAGCCUUUGCUUUUCAAGUGAUUGUUCGCCACCUGGUGGCAAAUUUAUAUUCCACAAAAACGCUUUUUGGCGAAGGAUUUUUUGCUUCACCAGAUUGUCACGUAACCUAAUCUGCAAAAUACUUGCUUCCUCAUUUGUCCUUGUCUCUGAAAUUAACUUUAGUUUCUGCAGUCAGGUCAAAUCACUGCGUUCUAGAGUUUGCUUUGUUGCCCGUGUUUUCAUCAGAACGACCUGUGGCAAAGUUUUGCAACAAAACUCAAACAUAACCUGCCCAGUGUAAAUAGGCAAAGCACAGCCCCUGGCUUAAAGUCAGUGAACUUAUGACUGAAACAGGCAGACAGUGACCAGCUGAGAGGGUCCCAGUGCAAAGUUUUCCAGGUGAUAAAUGCUCAAAGUCCUCUCUUUCAUUUCCUUUUUUUUUUUUUUAACAGACAACAAUGCUGGAACAGGCUAUUAAAAACACCCAGGAAAGCUAUGACGAUGAGAUUCAGUUGUACAAUGAGCAGAUCGACACUCUGAGAAAGGGCAUCGAAGAUGCUGAGAGGACCUUGGAAAAAUACACCAACGACUGCCGCCAGCUCUCCAUUUAUAAGCAGUCUCUGGAGAGUGAACUUGAGCGCUACAAACGUAUUAUUGAAAAUGAAGAAAGCAGGUGAGAGAUUUGGGGGGUGCUGGAGAUGUUCAUGGGUUCAGUGUAUUGCUGUGUCUUUAAGAAGCCUCUUUCAAACCAACCAACAAACCAAAAACGACAUUUGAAGUUUCCUAUGAAAUUGGUGGUACCUUGGUUAAAAGCGGUCCUGCUAUAGGCAGAGUUAGGUGGCUGCCUCACAGAGAUGAUGCAAAGAGCAAUAGGCAGAGCUGCAUGUAGCAUGUGCUUUAAAGAUAAAGGGACCCGCGACUGUUAGGUCCAGUUGUGGACGACUCUGGAGUUGUGGCACUCAUCUCAUUUUACUGACUGAGGGAGCUGGCGUACAGCUUCCGGGUCAUGUUGUCAGCAUGACUAAGCUGCUUUCUGGAGAACCAGAGCAGCGCACGGAAACGCCAUUUACCUUCCCGCUGGAGCGGUACCUAUUUAUCUACUUGCACUUUGACAUGCUUUCGAACUGCUAGGUUGGCAGGAGCUGGGUGUUGGGUUGAAAUCACGACAGACGAAUGGUGGGUGUCAAAGGAGAGACGUCUGCCCGGGGCAAGCCCCGGGAACUCUCUUUUAUUGAAUAUUACAAACAUUGCCACAGGUGUGCUUGUGGCUGAUUGGCUGAUACAAACACAAAGCAUCUUGUUGCUGAUUGGUUAACAUAGGUACAAGGCGGGCAUUACAUAUGACAUCAAUCAGUGAUAGUUCAAAAGACUGGGAACGGAGCUGGAACUAGACAGGCAUGAAACCUCCUAAUUAAAUUAUAACUAAAGAUUGAUAUUGAGAGAACAUAACAUGAAGGAAUACAACAAUCACGUUCUGUAGAUGUGGUCAGCAAUGCAUUAAGAACAGGUCAGGAUACACUGUUUCAUGAACUCAAUGGAAACUGUUCAGAACAUUCUCAGACUUAUGUGCAGAGGCAAAAACUUCCCAGAAUGUAAGAGAGAAAAGAAGCAAUAGUGCUCAUAGUAAGCAUAGAAAGAUUGCAUAGUAAGAGUUCCCAUAAUGCCACAGUUAUGUGCAGUAAGAGAACUGCAGAAAGAGAACUUCCCUUCAUCUCCCCCUUUCUUUUCUUGUUUGCGAGGCAUUCCAGGUGGAUAAGGCAAAAAUACUUCGGGAUUAGUGGUGUGCCAGCGAAUGCCCGAAAUAAGCCUGCCAGGGUCGAUGGGACAAAAGUACUUCAGGAUACGUGGUUUGCCAGCGCAUGCCCAAAAUAAAUCCGCCCACAUCUCCCCUAAGGUUCACUGUUGGUGUUGCCAUUUCGCAAUGUAAGCAGCAAGCAGUUUGCUGGGUGGUGGAGGGGGGGAGAGAAGCCGAGAGAAAAGACUCAUGAGGCUGGGAACGCAUUGGAGGAAACAGCAUAGUAAAAUAAAAAUAGAAAUUAUGAAAAUAGCAUAUUGAAAGAGACUACGAAGCCAAGUAAGGUUAGGCAACCAAGCAGUAAGCCACUGGGUGAAAGAAUCCCAGAGGCCAGAAAAUCCAACGUCCUGUUUAAUGUGAUGUGUAAGAUUUUGCAAAUGAGAGAUUUGGCUUUGAAUGGCUCUAGAAUUGUCAGUAAUAUUGAAACAGCACAUGUCAUUCACUUGUUCACAGCCAUAAUGAUGAAGCAUCAGCAAAUAAUCUAUAGCACGAUUUCGUAAAAGUCCAUUAUAUAGUUCACUGUUCUUUAUUCAAAAGGGGGUUAUAUAAUGUAAAAGUCCAUUUUGUAAAAGGAUUUUGUAAAAGUCCAUUGUGGAGUGCACUGUUCUUUAUUCAAAAGGUGAAGGGCUUGUGAAAUAUAAUUCAGAGUUUUUGCUGCAUAACAAGCUAAAGAAGUAAUGUUCAUACGAUUCCGUACAGCCAAUCCAGGGACUCCUAAGAGAGAAACAGCUAAAGAGAUAUAUUCAGACCUACUGAGAAGAGAGACAAAAGCAUCACAAUCAUUAGUCAAUUCAAUAUUGCAGUGAUAUCGAGAGCGGGAUAAAUGAUGCUUCUUGGGUAAAAUGAUGGACAAACGGCUUAAACAGCAAGGUGUGCCAUGGCUGAUGUUUGCUGGAAUGUAAUUAAACGUAUAGCCAGGACACGACCAGAAGAUUUCCAGUUGAGGGGAAGUGCAAGCUUACUCAUUAAAUUGAAUGGUAGCUUGUAAUUGUUGUAGUAAGUCUCUUCCCCACAGAUUGAGGUGGAUUUUCAGCACACAGGGCUGGAUGUAAGCAAUGGUUUCAGAGCUAUCAGGCAGAGAAACAGGCAGCCACUGUACGCUUUUGGAAGAGGUUUGGGGGCCACCCACACCCCAGACUGCAGAGGCAGACUCAAGGGGCCACGUGGGGUCCCAGCAACUACUAGAAAUUACAGAAACGUCUGCGCCUGUGUCAAUCAAGCCUUCCAGCACAAUACCAUUGAUUUUAUACUUACGAAGAAGUUUCUUCUCACCAAUCCUCUGGACUACAGCUAACAGCUGUGGAGGGAAAGAAGAGAGCUCGUGCAAAUUAGUAUCCAUAAUAGAAGCAGUAGGAUGAGAAGGGAGCACCACCAAAUGCGCCCAAGACUCACCCUUUUUAAUUGCAUGGGCAUAUGGCUCCAGAGUUGAACCAUUAUUGUGCCUACAUAGUCAGGAUCCAGAACUCCAGGAAUAACCUGGAUGCCUUCCUUUGCCGCAGAAAAUUUGGGUAAAAUUAAACCUGCGACUUUAGGAGGCAGGGGACCUGCCAAUUGAGUGGGCAUAAGCACAAUUUCACCAGGUAGAACAGAAUCUUUGGUCUCUUGAUUGAUCAAAUCAAUUGCAAAUUCAGAGGGUGUGUUCUUUGAAAAGUUUGCAGCAGCAGAAAUUAAAGGCGGAAAGCUCUCUAAUUUUCCUGGCCCGAGAGUGGGGCCGCAAUGGAGUUUCCCGAACUCCUGCAUUGAUUAGCCCAAUGAUAGCCUUUGCCACAUUUCGGGCAUUUUUUGCAGGUAUAGCUUUAGAGGCAGAACCAUCCUUGUGUGCCCCCCCGCCUGGGGCUCUGCAUUGCUUGGCAAAAUGGCCUGGGCGCUUGCAAUUAAAGCAGUUACCAGUAGGCUUAGUGGUUGCUUGGAUUGCGCCGGCAAGCAAGGACAUCGCAUGGCUCUGGCUACCGACAUCCGCACAAGCUUGAAUCAUAUCGGCCAGUUCAUAUUUAGGGCGAUGUAUGAUUGACUGUAAAGCUUUCUUGCAAUCAGUGUUUGCGUUUUCAAAGGCCAAUUUUUUCAUCAAUUCAUUUUGAGCAGUGGUGUUAUCAAUCUGCCUAGUGACUGAUUCUUUCAAUCUAUCUAUAAACUGAUGGUAUGGCUCCGAAUGCUGUUGCUUAAUAUUUACAAAGGAGCUCAGCGGUUGCCCAGAAACAGGGACUUUCCGAAGGCGCGUUGUACACAGGUCGCGGUGCGAACAAAAUGUACAGGUGUCAGUGUUGCUUGGGCAGUUAUAUCAGCAAACUGACCAGCACCAUAAAGUUCAUUGGCAGUAUGUUGAGGAUCAGACAGGGCUGAAGCGCUAUGUUUAAAUUCACUCUCAAACACCACAUACUGAGCAGGGGACAAAAGCAUGCGCAUAAGGUCUUUCCAGUCCUGAGGUAGCAUAAUGUAACCAGUUGCUAUGCCCUCUAGCAUCCCUGUCACAUAAGAGGAUUUCAGACCAGAAUCAGCAAUGGCUUUCCUUAAUUCCCUCAUUACAGAAUAAGGAAGCGAUUCAUAAUAAAUCUGCUGUUGAGCAGAUCCAGGGUUUGAAUAAGAGAUAGGGAAAGCAGACGGCAUUUCACCUGGCCACUCAGACUCCUCCUCUAAGGACAGGAGCCCUUUUGCCUUGCCAGAGAGAGCGCAGCACGCACAGCUCCUAUAGAGCAAACAGGGGCUGUGGCAGGAUGAGGAGGGAUGGGGGAGGAACCGGGCUGCGGCGGUGGGCGGGGGGGGGAGGAUGCAGGUUGAGGAGGGUGAGACGCAGGGAGGGAUUGGCUGGGCUGCAAAGGAGAAGGAGGUAAAAGUUUCGGGUAAGGGGGGGGAUUGUCUGCGAUGGCCAGAAGAGUGCUGGUGGCUGGCGAGACGCCAUGUGGCCUAAUUUAGCAACGGCAUCAGCACAUUUCUGCCAAGUGAGCAGACAAUGAAUCGGAGCCCUAGGUUCUGCAAAAGGGUCUUUCCGAUCUUUUGCCAAGUCUCUACGUCCAAAGAUCCAGCCUCUGGAUAAAAAUGCAUUGGCAAUUUAUCUCACAUAGCAAUUGUUCAAUUUCUUUUAAGGAAAUAUUAACACCCACCUCCCGCUGUCUAACUAAAUAAAGCAACUCUUUAGCAUGCUCUUUCUGGAGCUUAGUCAAGUCCCCUCCCAUACUCACGAAGUAGCGCGCUGAGACUUUUCCAGUCGGGUGAAGUAUGAGGUUUGGCUGCGUAAGGGAUCUGGCACGUCGGGGUCACCAGAUGUUGGGUUGAAAUCACGACAGACGAAUGGUGGGUGUCAAAGGAGAGGCGUCUGCCCGGGGCAAGUCCCGGGAACUCUCUUUUAUUGAAUAUUACAAACAUUGCCACAGGUGUGCUUGUGGCUGAUUGGCUGAUACAAACACAAAGCAUCUUGUUGCUGAUUGGUUAACAUAGGUACAAGGCGGGCAUUACAUAUGACAUCAAUCAGUGAUAGUUCAAAAGACUGGGAACGGAGCUGGAACUAGACAGGCAUGAAACCUCCUAAUUAAAUUAUAACUAAAGAUUGAUAUUGAGAGAACAUAACAUGAAGGAAUACAACAAUCACGUUCUGUAGAUGUGGUCAGCAAUGCAUUAAGAACAGGUCAGGAUACACUGUUUCAUGAACUCAAUGGGAACUGUUCAGAACAUUCUCAGACUUAUGUGCAGAGGCAAAAACUUCCCAGAAUGUAAGAGAGAAAGAAGCAAGAGUUCUCAUAGUAAGCAUAGAAAGAUUGCAUAGUAAGAGUUCCCAUAAUGCCACAGUUAUGUGCAGUAAGAGAACUGCAGAAAGAGAACUUCCCUUCAGCUGGGUAAAAGGUAAAGGACCCCUGGAUGGUUAAGCCCAGUCAAAGACAACUAUGAGGUUGUGGCACUCAUCUUGCUUCCAGGCUGAGGGAGCUGGCGUUUGUCCACAGACAGCUUUCUGGGUCAUGCGGCCAGCAUGACUAAACCGCUUCUGGCGCAACGGAACACAGUGACAGAGACCAGAGCGCACAGAAACGCCAUUUACCUUACCUAUUUAUCUACUUGCACUGGUGUGCUUUUGAACUGCUAGGUUGGCAGAAGCUGGGACAGAGCAACGGGCACUCACCCUGUGGCGGGGACUCGAACCGCCAACCUUCUGAUCGGCAAGCCCAAGAGGCUCAGUGGUUUAGACCACAGCGCCACCCGCGUCCCAUGUGCUUUACCAUUAACACAUCCACAGACUCAAGUGAGUCUGCUGCCCUCAGUUGUGCAGUCAACUUCUGUGUGCAGAAUGAUAUUCCAUGAGAUCUAUUCAAAAUAAGUGGGGGUUGCCAUAUUUUGAAGAGCAAAAAAGAGGACACAUUUGCGGAUUUCUACUUUCAGCUAUGGAUUGCUAUGCCGAGACUCUAAUUUUACAUACCCAUGAAAAAGAGGAUGUGCCUGGGGAAAAGAGGACAUGGUGACAACCUUAAAAUAAGUAGGACUGCUUCUGUAACCCAUGAAAUAUUGCUGUGAUGAAAGCAUCCUCCUCUGUUUCUAAUAAUUCUAGCCAGCAAGGUACUCAGGGAAGUGGGCAUUGGAGAAUGUGAUGUCAUAAUACUCUCCAUGUAUUCAGCUUGAGGCAACACAAAAGAAUAAAAAUAACUUAUUUGGAAGAUGCCCAUACAUUAUGCAGAGAAAUAAAGAUCCAUAAUUAUGCAGAUGCUGUGCUUGUUUUGUUUGACUUUUCAUAGCCUUCAUUCUUUUUCAAGGCGUUAUUUCGCUAGGCAUUUAUUAUAACUCGUUUCCCUCUGUUCCAGGUUGAAUUCUGCCAUUGUUGGAACCCCCGUGACACUAUUUACACAAAGCUACAAAACCACACAGACCACAGCUCUUGGAAGGAAAGGUAAUGACCUAAGGCUAGGAUGGGGAAGGAAUUAGAUUCAGGUGCCUUUCAGGGCAAGCCUAUUAUUAUUAUUAUUAUUAUUAAUUUUAUUUAAGAUUUUCAGUUUUAUACAUUUCAAUAAUUUUAAAAUCAUUUUAACAUUUCAAAACUCAACUUCCUUCCCCCUCUUUCUGCAGUUCUUUAAAUUUGUUUUUUUAUAUUUUCUGCAUAUUCCAAAUUAGCUUAAUUUACUCAUUUAUUCAUCUACUUUAAAUAUAUACUCUUAUAUAACUGCAGGCUAUUACAAUAAUCCUGCCAACGUUCCUAUCUGUUCACAGUUUCUUUGUAAAUAUCCCAUAAACCAUUUCCAUUCUUUUAUAAAAAAUUUGUUAUCUUGAUUUCUUAUUUUUCUGGUAAGUUUCGUCAUUUCUGCAUAUUUUGUGUCCGUUCUUCUUUUGCUGGGACUUCUUCUUCUUUCCAUUUCUGGGCAAGUAACAUUCCUGCUGCUGUAGUCACAUACAUGAAUAAAUUUCUAUACAGUUUGGGUGGUUCUGUCCCUAUAAUUUCCAAAGUCAGGGCAAACCUAUUUAAUGGAGUUACCCUCUCACAGUUCCCCAAAUCUCUACCCCCUUACUGCACAUGCAUUAAACAAACUGAUGAGCGUGACAAUUGCCUUGGAUUUUUACGUAUGUAGGAAGAUGCAUAUUUAUGUAUAGUGCAAUGAAUGCUUAUGCUACUUGAAAUGAUGACUGAACAUUAUUACGGCCUCAGCCCAGUAUAUCUGAAGGAGUGUCUCCACCCCUAUCGUUCAGCCCGCACAUUGAGGUCCAGCUCCGAGGGCCUUCUCGUAGUUCCCUCACUGCAAGAAGUGAGGUUACAGUGAACCAAGCACAGGACCUUCUUGGUAGUGGCGCCUGCCUUGUGGAACGCCCUCCCAUCAGAUGUCAAGGAAAUAAACAACUAUCUGACUUUUAGAAGACAUCUGAAGGCAGCCCUGUUUAGGGAAGUUUUUAAUGUCUGAUGUUUUAUCGUGUUUUUAAUAUUCUGUUGGGAGCCGUCCCGAGUGGCUGGGGAAACCUAGCCGGAUGGGCAAGGUAUAAAUAAUAAAUUAUUAUCAUUAUCUUCUGUUGGAUCUCACACAAUGGCUAUGUCUGUUUCCCCUCCUUUCCCCUUCUCCACAGACAUUACGUUGGUUGCUCAAGACAUCACCAGUGCAAAGACCAGACAAAGAAGUCUGCCGAAGAAGAUCUCAAGGAGGAAGGAGAUCACCGCUAAAGACCUCGCCAAUGGUGCUCCAUCGGAAAAAAUGUAUGACCGGCCUUUGGAAGGCCUUGAUCACGAUCAGCUGGAUUUCAAGCACGGGGGAUUAAUGAUCACAAGUGAACACAGGCAGGAUGAAGUUGAAGACGUGGAGCAAGAGAGGGCUGCAGAGGAUGUGCCUGAUGGAGCACAGAUAAGCAAAGCUUUUGAUAAACUUUGCAACAUAGUGAGAGAGAGGAUCAGAUGCUACCAGAGACCGGAACCCAAAAGCGACUUCUAUACUAAAGGGCGGUAUGUACUUGUCACCGGAGAGGGGAGUUAUGAUGACCCCUGCUUCUACUCUUCACCCAUCCCUUCUGGAGGUGGAAUCACUGUCUCUGACAGCGAAGGCACGAUGCCCAGUGGAGGUGUUGUAGAACCAAUAUCAGAGCUACCAGAACCUCUUGAGAGCGACAAAGGUGAACUCGAAGCCCAAGAAACACAAGAAGGGCCCAAGAUGCCAGAAGACCUGAAAUAUGAGUAUAAACCAGAAGAAGACAAAGCGAAGGAAGAUGUCUUUGAACAGUGGGGGAAGCCUGAAGGGAAACACGAAGAGCCAGCAAAACAGCCGGGGAUCGAGGAACAGGGGCCAAUGACCCCAAUGGGUCCGAGUGACCGAACUGAAGCAGGCGUAUACAUAGGCAAGGAGUAUGGCAGGGCAGGUGGCCUCUCUUUCAAGGAGCUGAGCCCACCAAGCACUGUGAGUUACGAGAAAGUGGAAGUGGUGGAAUCCAUCGAGAAAUUCUCGGACGACAAAAUUCAGACGUACGAAGAAACCGCCAUGAUUGUGGAGACCAUGAUUGAGAAGACCAACAAGAAGAAGCUGGGAGACAAAAGCUCUUAA